GGCAGUGGGAUCUGAACGGCCCCGCGUGUAAACAGAUCAGGGAGCGAGUGAAGGGCUAGGCAAGGCGAGGCAGGGCGAAGCUAGCGUGUAGUGACGUGUGCGAGCUUGUGGAGUUUGCACGGGGGUCUCUUUGCCUGCAGGAUAAUUCCUCCUUUCGAUUUUAGACAGCAUGGGUCGCGGCAACUUGUGGAAAGUCGUCUUGCUCUUGGGCUUCGCAGCUUCUUCCCUGGCGCAGAAGACGCAACUGCAAGCGCACCUGGAGCACCUCGACGGCGUGAGGAACCCCAUGGCACCGUCCGACGAACCGCGCUUGGAGGCCCGACGCUAUAUCAAGGACAAAUUCCGCGAACUCGGCCUCCAGGUUUACGGCCACACCUUCAGAACCGUCCUCAAACCCCUGUACGAUGAACUUACGGUGUCUGGUGAGAACAUCAUAGGCGUCGCGGCGGGAGCAGAGGGCAGUCCUGUCAUGGUGGUCGGAGCAGACUACGACACGCCCCUGCAAAGCUUGCCCCUGGAGGACAACGGCGCGGGCGUGGCUGCUCUCCUGGAGGUGGCGAGACACUACAUGCACGAGACGGGCGCGGAGGGGUCGUUCGAGCGACUGAACACCGUCAUUUUCGUCGCUUUCGACCUGAACGUCAAAGCCUAUGGCAACAACCACCCUGGUAAGCCCGGGUCAUACAACUUCCUCCAUCAGUUUUUGUGGCCUUACAUCAACGAGACGUCUAACAACUUCGCUGGUGCUAUUAUUCUCGACUCCAUCAGCAAGUUUAGCACCAAGAGCAACUCUCAGUACGUUGUCCAGGAGUUCAGUGAUGCGUUCCCGAAAGCAUCCUCGGCCAUCGCUAAUUCACACAACACGGGAGAUUUCCUGGCCAUGUUCACCAGGGAGGACUCGCGCAGCAUCGGUUUGGCCAACAAGUUCACGGCCAACUACGAAAAGGAUCGCAAGGCCCAAAUGUUCAGGCUGCAGUCCAUGCCAGUGAGGGACGGGCUUUCCUUCGUCGGCGUCCUCGAGAUGUUCAACCACCAGUCGCACUACCCCUUCUGGUCCUUCAGGCCCUCAGAGAAGCUCGUGCCCCUGCCUGCGCUGCUGCUCACUGACACAGACGUGUACCGCAUGUCCCAGGACGUCUGCGACAGGCCUUGCACCCCGGCCGCUUUCCUCACAAGGGGACGCGAAGCUUUCAUCACCAAGACCAUUGAAGCAGUCACCAAUACCUUGCUCAACCUUCAGACUGAAAGACUGCCUGUUACAUCUGCCAGUGGGGGACUGGGAGUGACAACCCCCCUUUUCCUUAUCGCUUGUGUUACUGUUAUCAGCGGGAUUAUACGUUAAGCCAUGUGAUGACACAAAAGAUAAAAGUAAAGAUAAUAACUUUCACGCCCGAGGCACCUCUGCAAGCUACAAGGGGUCUGUGGGAGAAUGUGGUCUUUUAUGAUAUAUCUGAGGAUGUAUUUGCCUGUCUCCUCGCGUGCCUUUUGGCUGUGCGUGUGUGUGUGCGCGUGGCUAUGUAAACCUGGUAUGUGUGUGUGUGGAUGAGUCUAUUUGUGGGGGUGGAUUUCUAAACGUUUCACCCAACCGUCAUUUCGGCCUAGAUUUUAAAAAUUUAACCUAACUCGGAGGAACGAUAUGACCGGUUUGUCACUUUUCUGCAGUGGUUCUUAACCUUCUCUACUCUGUAGCCCCCUACCAAUGUAUGAUCAUCGUCCAGUAUUUAUCUUUCCAGAUUCAGUUACUAUUAGCUACGAAGAGUAGAAUGUUGCCAAAGAUUAUAGUACAAGAACAAUAAAUAGAAAAUUCCAGUUAAUUGACAUGUUAGAGAUCAUUCUCCGUAGAUAGUAUAGACAGGGGCGUCACUUCAACAAUCAUAGUGGGGGGGAGGGGGCAAAUACCCCCCAAUUAAUGCCCCUGACUGUAGAUGAGUCAUAAUUUCCAUAUUGCUCCAUGGCCCCCAGGUUAGGUACCCAUGCAUACCUUCAUUAUCAUUACUUGUUAUUACUCUUACAUGCUACUUUAAUUCUGAUAUAAAUGUUCUGAAACCAUUAUUAGCAUUGCAAUUUAAGGGUCCCGGCUUGUCAUCAGCACAUGGAAUUUUAGUCUUGACAUAGGUUAAAAUGUCAUUCAAGUGCGAAUCUCUCCACAUAAAAUUAUUCUUCAUCAGAAGUGUCUAUGCAUUUUUUCUGACAAUGUCUUCGGUUUGAAUUAUUUAUUCAUUCUGUUAUGAAUAAACUUACCGUGAAAGCCAGAUAUUAGUCAAGUUUCAGAAAAAAAUGCCUACGUAUACAAAUAAAACAAAGUUAUACUAAGAACUACUUAUGUCAUGUGAUUAUAACAAGUCAUUUAAUGAUUAUGCAUACUUUCUUUUUUACUUGAGUAACUUAUAAGCAAAUUAAAGUAAUAGUAAGGAAUGACUACCAUUGAAAUAUACUGCUAAAAGUGUACAUAGAGAUUAUGAUUAAUAUAACUGGACGAAUUGUUCAGGUUAGUUGACCGGAAACACUACUUCCUACAUGUAUUAUGCGAGUCUGUGUACUAUGGGUGUAUCUGUGUGCGUGUCUCUGUGCACUGAGGGUGUGUCUCUGCGUACGUGUGUCUGUGUACUGAGGGUUUGUGUGUGUGUGUGUGUGUGUGUAUCUCUGUGGACUGAGAGUGUGUUUGUUUCUGUGUACUGAAGGUGUCUCUGUGUAGAGUUUUGUGUGUGUGUGUGUGUGUGUGUGUGCGUAUCUCUGUGUACUGAGGAUGUCUGUGGGUGCGUGUCUGUGUCUCUGCAUCUGUACUUUUGAGUGUCUUUGUGUAUUCUUGAAUGUAUAUUCAUGUUUUUUUCACGAAGAAAGGAAUAUGGAAUCGAAUUAUGCAACGAAGAGAUAACUUUAUGUCUAGUUAUAAAUCUGGAACAGUAAUGGCGGAGAAAAUCUAAUUUAUGAAAAUCAGUAGAAUUAAGGAUUAACUAUUGUAAACAUGAUUCAAAUUUUGCACUAAGUACAGCACCUGGUAUAGAUGAAUGUAAAUGUGCCUAUGUUAUAUAUAGAUUAGUGUGUGGUUAGUUUUAUAAGUGAAUUUAAUGAAUAAGAGGUGACUUUAAAGAUCUAUGUAUACAGCUUGUAAGAUAAAUAAAAAUGCAUGAUAAAUUAAUGUAUGAUGUAAAACGGAUGUUGCAGUAACAUGAGGCAACAUCAAAUCCCAUUUAUUCAUGGGCUAUCAUGUAAUGCAUAUCAUUAUGAAUAAAUGUGUAAAAUUAAA